CCCGAACUGUCAUCGCUAUCCGGCUGACAAACGAUUUGAUUUGAUUUGUUUUGGCCCCUUUUGCCUUGACUUUCUGGAAUUUCUAUUUCCAUUUUUUCCAAAUCUCUACUAAAAUCGAACUCAAGAUUGGCCUAGGAACUCAACAUGCCGGUGGUGGAACUGAAAGUGGACCGCAAUCUGGUGUGCCCGAACUUCGAUGGCUACAAGUUGUCCUUCGAUUCGGUGCCAGUGCUGCGGCAGGAUCUUGGAUGUGAUGCCUACGUGCUGGAGCCGCACGCCAGUCAGUUCUCGCUGCUGCAUGUGGAGCUCUUUGCCCGGCACAAUCAUCUGGUAGCCGAUCCAUGGCUGCGUCACCACAGCUACUUCUUCAACGAGCGCCACCAGCUGGUGCAGUGCACCUCCGAUCCACAGAGUGGGCAUACACGUGGCCAGCGCGUUGUCUUCACGGUGGACUAUAGCGAUCAGGGCGAUGAGAGGCUACAUAGGCCGGGGGACUACAACUACACAAUCAUUUUCGUUUCGGAAAGGUUUUGUGUGAUCUGCGACGGGAUGACCUCAUACCAUCUGGUGGACACUGGCGACAGAUCGCGAUCCGGUGAGCAGGAAUGGCAACGGAUUACACGCUCGCCGGUGAAUAAUGCCAGUGGUCAUCGCGGCUUUGAACUCUUUGAUGCCCGGCUGGAUGUGGUGCAGGAACGUAAGCAAAUCUCACUGGUGGCUGGUCAUGUGGCACGCCGUGAUGCAGUUGCCCGGGACCAGACGCACGUCUAUUACAUGGAUUUGACCUGGGCACGGUGGAGUCAAUUGCCCAACAAUGAGGAGUGGUCAUAUAGCAUCUGCCAACGCCUGGAAACCACUGGCUCAUUGCAAUACUGUGCUUUUGAGCCUCGCGCCGAGUCCCUAGUCAUUGCCAGCAACCGCGAAGUUCAGACACCCGAGCAGCGUCAGGCAGCCGAGGAAGCAGCCGCUGCGGCGGCAGUCGCUGCCCGCUUAAAUCCCCCAGUUAAUCAGGAAGUCCAGCUGCAAAAUGGUGGCCAAGCUAAUUAUGGCUGGUCCCAGACAGCUAAUAAUGUGCUCAUUCGUUUCAAAGUUCCUUCAACUGCAUCCGCAGAAGAGUUUGACGUGAGCGGCUCUAGCACAAAUAUCGUUGUAAAGCACCGGGGUGAAAAUAUCUUCACCGAAGAGUUAUACGGUAGUGUGGGAGAAGAUUUAGGUGUCCUUAAGUUGGUGGAGAAUGGCCUAGAAUUACAUCUUACCAAGGCGGAGACACAGAACUGGCCACGGUUGCUCGCGCAGGAGGACGACGGCGUAGCGGAAGAUGUACCUCCCAUGGAUGCUACACCACUGCCCAUUCCCGAUCUCGAGAAUCCGCUUGAGGAAUGCGACCUGGGACCCGCGGACGAGGAAAUUAAGAUGGUGCGCUUCAAUCUGUCCAGCGGUAACAUCACUCACACCAUUUUUCUUGGUUCCACGCCACUGGUGCUCACCACCACGCUGCGUCCUGGGUUUCCGGCCGCCUUUGCUACCCGCCAGGGCGUCGACGCCUCCAUAUGGCUGCAGAUGUACCAGCCCAGUCGUCCAGAUGAAUGGAGUGUCCGCCACGAGGGCCAGCUGCACGCCUUCGGCUACGUGCAGGCCUCCAAGGUUCAGCGAAAGUUCACCGCCUGCUGUCCGGAUUUGGAUUACGUGGUCAUAUGUGACCCUGUACGCCACGUGCUCGUCUACUUCCCGAGUCACGAAUCCGCUGGUGGUCUGCGCCGGCGCAACGGACCUCCCGUCUCCUUGGGUAAACAGAAUCUUGUCACCUUGGGUGACAAUGUUGACGAAAUUCUGGGCAUAACUACGGCAAACAAUGUGAUCACCGUUCUCUCCAAGCACGCACUGCUACGCCUGCAGGUGUAGACCCUGAUCAGCUUCCCUUUCCUUUUUUCGCCAUUUACUUUUAAAAAAUUUUUUGUUCGGUGGACAAUAACUGGAUUUAUGCACUUAGCCACUCACAUUUCCAAUAUUGAAACGUGUUUUGAAGAUUAAUAGUUUUACAAAAAUCUUGAGAACGUGAUGACGUAAUAAAAUUUUAAAUAAUAAAAUGUAUAUAUAUUA